AUGUCUUUCACCGCAGUUGAACCAUUAAAUCCUAUUGUUAUUGAUAAUGGUUCUGGUAUGGUCAAAGCCGGUUUCGGUGGCGAAGAUGCGCCGCGUGCAGUUUUUCCAGCAUUAGUUGGCCGCCCACGUUAUAAUGCUGUUAUGGCUGGUAUGGGUCAAAAAGAAUCGUAUGUUGGCGAUGAAGCAUUAUCGAAAAAGGGUAUUUUAACGAUCCGCUAUCCAAUCGAACAUGGUAUUGUUAAUAAUUGGGAUGAUAUGGAAAAAAUUUGGCAUCAUACAUUUUAUAAUGAACUUCGUGUAGCACCAGAAGAACAUCCAGUUUUAAUUACAGAAGCACCGUUGAAUCCAAAAGCUAACCGUGAAAAAAUGACACAAAUUCUUUUCGAACAAUUUAAUACGCCAUCUAUGUACGUUGCCAUUCAAGCUGUUCUUUCACUUUAUGCCAGUGGUAGAACUACAGGUAUUGUUCUUGAUAGUGGUGAUGGUGUUUCACAUACGGUCCCUAUUUAUGAAGGUUAUGCUUUACCUCAUGCAAUCAAUCGUCUAGAUUUAGCUGGACGAGAUCUUACAGAUUGGAUGGUUCGAUUGUUAACUGAACGCGGUUAUUCCUUUAUAACAACAUCUGAACGUGAAAUCGUUCGUGAUAUAAAAGAAAAAUAUUGUUAUGUUUCACAAGACUUCGAACACGAUUUAGCAGCUGCUAUCUCAUCGAAUAGUAUCGAAACAAAUUAUGAAUUACCCGAUGGUCAAAUGAUAACAAUUGGAAAUGAACGUUUUCGAUGUCCCGAAGCACUUUUUACACCAUCAAUGAUUGGCCGUGAGCAAGAAGGUAUUGCUCAAAUGGUUUAUAAUACAAUUAUGAAGUGUGAUAUCGAUGUACGAAAGGAAUUAUAUGGCAAUAUUGUUCUAUCAGGAGGCACAACUAUGUAUCCUGGCAUUGCUGAUCGCAUGGGAAAAGAAAUGACAUCGUUAGCUCCAUCGGCUAUGAAAGUUAAAAUUAUUGCUCCACCAGAAAGAAAAUACGCAGUAUGGAUCGGUGGUUCUAUUCUUAGUUCACUAUCAACAUUUGAGGCAAUGUGGAUUUCAAAACAUGAAUAUGAUGAAUCAGGUCCAUCGAUUGUCCAUCGAAAAUGUUUUUGA